ACCCAGGUCUCUCGCUUACGAGGAAUGGUCAAAAGAGUGAUUAAUGCUAAAAUUGCAUGUCUGGACUUCAGCCUGCAAAAGACGAAAAUGAAGCUGGGUGUUCAGAUUGUUAUCAAUGACCCAGAAAAAUUGGACCAGAUCAGACAGAGAGAGUCUGAUAUCACCAAAGAGAGAAUUCAGAAGAUUCUGGCCACAGGUGCCAAUGUCAUUCUGACUACUGGUGGCAUUGAUGAUAUGUGUCUAAAAUAUUUUGUGGAUGCUGGUGCCAUGGCAGUACGCCGUUGUCUGAAGAAAGACCUCAGACGAAUUGCUAAGGCCAGUGGAGCAACUAUCUGUUCAACACUUGCAAACUUGGAAGGAGAUGAGAGUUUUGAUCCCUCUUUAGUGGGCCAAGCUGAGGAGGUGGUUCAAGAAAGGAUAUGCGAUGAUGAACUGAUACUUGUUAAAAAGAGGAACUGCGAUGACCCCACAGAACAUGUGAACAUCCAAAUGUUGGGCCAGCCUCCUAUUUCUCCUGCACAAAAGCUAUUUAUACGAAAUGUGUUGAAUUGCAAAGAAUGA